AAUUAUUUUAUAGGGGAAUAUUCUUGUGUUCGAUUAAAGCUUCUGUUGCGUAGAGAAUAUAGUUAUUAUCUUAUUCAAUUAUACAUUCCUUGUGUUAUGUUGGUAUCAUUUUGGCUUGACAAAGAUGCUGUGCCUGCAAGAGUUAGUUUAGGAGUUACAACAUUAUUAACAAUGACAACACAAGCAUCGGGGAUUAAUUCUAAAUUACCUCCAGUUAGUUAUAUAAAGGCCGUAGAUGUUUGGAUUGGGGCUUGUUUAGCAUUUAUUUUUGCGGCAUUAUUAGAAUAUGCUUUAGUUAAUUAUUAUGGUAGAAGAGAAUUUUUAAAUAUAGAAAAGAAAGGGAGAAGAAUGGGAAGAUUAAGUAUGGCAUAUCAACAAGAAUGUUUAUGUCCACCACCACCACCACAAUUAUUAUUAUCUCCACAAAACAUUUAUCAUCCAGACUUUUUUGCACCAAAAACUUUAAAUAAUAAUAAUUUAACAAAAAAUAAUUCCUCCGAUUUAAGCAAAACUCCACUAAAUUUAGAAAAUAAUAAUUUUUAUCCAAAAAGACCUAAAAGAAUUACAAGAUUUGGAUUAAUAAUUAAAAGAAUUAAAUAUUUAUUUGGUUCGAAUAUUGAAUUAUCUAAACGUGUAGAUAUUGUUAGUAGAGUAGCUUUUCCAACACUUUAUGCCGGAUUUUUAAGUAAAGAAAAAGUUUUUCUUUGA